GUUCCUCCUUUCGCCAUUCCGGGGUGUCGCCGCACCACAGAGCGCACUGAGGGAGUCCUGCGAAGAGAGGCAGCCCAGUACGCUCCAGGCCUCUUCACACCUUCAUCCAGGCCACACGGUUCCCCAGCAUGCCCCAGAAGACAGGUAUCCGCUCAUUAUUUCCCCAGAGACCCGCCGCAGACCUCCCCAGCAGCCCCGUUUGAAAGAUUACGGCGACACCGAGGGAUGCUACUGCAGCAAACGCACCCCGCAACUGCAAACAUUCUCGACGUCUGCCCGAGGACCAGAUACAUUUGGUUGGCCCCUGACAGAAGCCCCCGAGGAUGUCCGACAGCGGUGCGAGCAUGAACUCCGACGAUCGGCCGGUUAAAACGGUCCCCUUCCCCCUGAGCCACAGGCUCUCCAUGAAGGAGGUGUUUGACUGUGAGGGGAAGCCCAGAGUAGAUCUGCUAAAAGCCCACCUCACCAAGGAGGGUCGUCUGGAGGAGGUGGUGGCCCUACGUAUCAUCAAUGAGGGAGCCGCCAUCCUGCGCCAGGAGAGGACCAUGCUGGAUAUAGAGGCCCCAGUCACAGUGUGUGGAGACGUCCACGGUCAGUUCUUUGACCUGAUGAAGCUGUUUGAGGUGGGCGGUUCCCCCGCGACGACACGCUACCUCUUCCUAGGGGACUACGUGGACCGGGGCUACUUCAGUAUUGAGUGUGUGUUGUAUCUGUGGUCGUUGAAAAUCCUCUACCCAAAGACGUUAUUUCUUCUACGGGGAAACCAUGAAUGUAGACACUUGACAGAAUAUUUCACUUUCAAAACAGAAUGUAAGAUAAAGUACUCUGAGCAGGUGUAUGACUCGUGUAUGGAUGCGUUUGACUGCUUGCCGCUGGCUGCUCUGAUGAACCAGCAGUUCCUGUGUGUCCAUGGAGGGCUCUCACCAGAGAUCCACACGCUUGACGACAUCAAAAAGCUGGACAGGUUCAAGGAGCCUCCAGCGUUCGGACCCAUGUGUGACCUGCUGUGGGCCGACCCACUGGAGGACUUUGGCAACGAGAAGACACAAGAAUACUUCGGCCACAACACCGUCAGGGGCUGCUCCUACUUCUACAGUUACCCUGCGGUGUGUGAGUUUCUACAGACCAACAACUUAUUGUCUGUCAUCAGAGCACAUGAAGCGCAGGAUUCUGGGUACCGGAUGUACAGAAAGAGUCAGACGACAGGCUUCCCCUCCCUCAUCACCAUCUUCUCAGCACCUAACUACCUGGACGUCUACAACAACAAAGCGGCGGUUCUGAAGUAUGAGAACAACGUGAUGAACAUCCGGCAGUUCAACUGUUCCCCUCAUCCCUACUGGCUGCCCAACUUCAUGGAUGUCUUCACCUGGUCCCUGCCCUUCGUUGGAGAGAAAGUGACAGAGAUGCUGGUGAAUGUUCUCAGUAUCUGUUCAGAUGAUGAGCUCAUGGAGAAUGACGGAGAGGAAGAGGUCUAUGAUGCCAAUGCAGCGGCAGCUAGGAAAGAGGUGAUCAGGAACAAGAUCCGUGCCAUAGGGAAGAUGGCCAAAAUGUUCCAAGUUUUACGGGAGGAGAGUGAGAACGUACUGACCCUGAAGGGACUGACACCCACUGGCAUGCUGCCCAGCGGAGUUCUGUCUGGAGGCAAGCAGACUCUGCAGAGCGCUACCAUUGAGGCCAUUGAAGCCAUCGAUCCUGUUGAGGACUCAGAAGCGAUCCGAGGCUUCUCUCCUCAACAUAAGAUCAAUAGCUUUGCGGAGGCCAAGGGUCUGGACCGGAUCAACGAGCGCAUGCCCCCUCGGCGUGACGCCGUCAACAGUGUGGGUGUCUCCAUGGGCCGCAUGAACAUGGGGGAGCCCAACGGCACCGACAACAACAGCAAUAUACAGUGAUGGACACACACACAUUUAUACAUAAACACUAAUAAACACACUUAUAUAUAAAGUACAUACCCACACAUACACACAUUUAUACAUAAACACUAAUACACACAGAUAUAAAGUACAUACCCACACAUACACACAUUUAUACAUAAACACUAAUACACACAGAUAUAAGGUACACACCCACACAUACACACAUUUGACUUACACACUUAAAGUAAAACACACUUACGGUAAACAUACUUAGACAUGCACUUAAACAAGGAUCAUACAGAACACACAGUCAACAUAUAGACCUACACGUACACAGUAAUGGUACACACACCAUCCUCCUCCCCCUCCCCUGGCCUGUUGCUCCCCAGCCCUUCUCUCUACCCGUUUGACAAGACUGUGCCAUGGAUGGAUCAGACCUCCUAUCGGAUAAACUGUGCUGCAGGUUCCAUCACUCCCUGACCUGGUCACACACUACUACAGACCCCUGACCUGACCACCUGACCACACUACACUACGGAACACUCUACUGGACGUUCUGGAACACUCCAAUGCAAAACAAAGAGAUAAUGUUCUGUUCUAAUUGUGUAGUGGGGCUGACUGGGGGACAGAUGUUACCUUUCUGUUAUGUUGGGGGCAGAGGGAGGGUGGGGCUGACUGGGGGACCGAUGUUACCUUUCUGUUAUGUUGGGG